UAGGGUUUCUUCUACCAUCUUUUGAUCACUCAAAAUUUAGCCAAACAGCAGCCAACCCACCAAAAACACACACAAAAAAAACCCAAACUUUAUUUUUUCUCAGCUCUUCCUUCAUUCGGCUGAGGAUAAACUUUCUCUGUCGGUACUUUCUCUCUCCUCCCCUCUUAUAUUUGCAUGUCGGUUUAAUCUCUUCAUUUCUCACACAAAUCUUUCAUUUUACCCUAAAAAUCCUAUCUUCAUUCUCUUUCUCCUCUUUUUCUUUUCCCGCUUUCUUUCUCUCACUCUCUCUCUCUCCUCAUCCAGUGAGUUUUAGCUCUUGCUUUGAUCACUGAUUUUCAAACAUUCAACCCUUUUCAUCACUUGAUCAUUUGAUCAUAGCAUUACUUAGAAGGGGGGAACUCAUAAGUUCUGAUUAGGGUUUAUCAAUUUUAGGGUUUUUUCACUGAUUUUGAUCAUUCUGAGUUCUACCCAUUAUUUCUAUUGUGUUUAGUUUAUCUGGGUUUGUUUUAGAUAUUUGAAAUAGUUGAUAAUCAUGGUGGAUCUGAAUGAAAAAAAAUCAUCUGACCCAGAUGGAGUUUCAUCAAUAGAAAGCCAAGGAAAUGAGAUCAAACGAUGUGCUGAUUGUGGUACCUCUAAAACCCCACUUUGGAGAGGCGGUCCUGCGGGUCCCAAGUCACUGUGCAAUGCAUGUGGAAUUAGAAGCAGGAAAAAAAGAAGGGCAAUUUUGGGAUUAAAAUCAGAGGAUAAAAAAUCAUCAAAAAAAAGCAACAGCGGAAGUAGCAACAACAGUAAUAGUAGUACAACAACAACAACAUCAUCAUUAUCAAGUAGAUUAAAUGGUGGGACCCCACUUCAUCAACGGUUAUUAGCGCUUGGAAGAGAGGUGAUGAUGCAAAGAUCAACGGUUGAUAAUAAACAACAAAGGAGAAGGAAGUUAGGUGAAGAAGAACAAGCUGCUGUGCUUUUGAUGGCUCUUUCUUAUGGAUCAGUUUAUGCAUAACAAAGUUUGAAACUUUGAGAAAUUUGAAAAAAAUGGGUUUUUUUGUGGGUUCCAUUUACUUAAUUUUUAGGGUGAUUUAAGGAGUAGUUUAGUUGUAGUAAGUAUGAUUAGCAAUUAUUAGAUUAGUGAAGUGGGUUUUAAAAAAAGUGGUUCUUGAAGAAUCAAGAAAAAGGGAUGAAAAGAAAGUGUGUCCCUUUAUUAUUAAAGCUUUUGUGAUGAGAUGAAAUGGCUUUAUUUGUUGAGUUUGAGAGAGUUAUCAAAUUUUUUAUUGAGAUGA